AGUUUGUUUGGUCUUUCCAAAUCUCGCGAUAUUUGCCUCCAAGCGUUGGUGGUUGUUCUCUGCUGCGACUCUCGCGCUGUUCGCCUGGUGCGCGUCGUUCACAGGAAUGUCAACCGCAGAAACGCUGCUGUGUGAAGCGGACAGAAGACGCGGUGUCAUGGCCCAGCCAAAGAAUCUGGAAGCUUACGUGGGAUUUGCAAACCUUCCCAACCAGGUGUACCGCAAAUCGGUCAAGAGGGGGUUCGAGUUCACCUUGAUGGUUGUUGGGGAAUCUGGACUCGGCAAAUCCACGUUGAUCAACUCCCUCUUCCUGACAGACCUGUAUUCCCCUGAAUAUCCGGGUCCAUCCCAUCGGAUCAAGCAGACUGUGCAGGUGGAACAGUCUAAAGUUCUCAUAAAGGAAGGAGGGGUGCAUCUUCUUCUCACCAUUGUAGACACCCCCGGCUUUGGUGACGCCGUGGACAACAGCGACUGCUGGGAGUCGGUGACGAAGUACAUUGACGGCAAGUUUGAAGACUUCCUCAAUGCAGAGUCGCGGGUCAACAGGCGGCAGAUGCCCGACAACAGAGUCCACUGCUGCCUCUAUUUCAUUGCUCCGUCCGGACAUGGAUUGAAGCCUCUUGACACACAGUUCAUGAAGCAAUUACACGAGAAAGUGAACAUAAUUCCUCUGAUUGCGAAAGCCGACACACUGACUCCAGAGGAGUGCCUCCAGUUCAAGAGACAGAUAAUGAAGGAAAUACAAGAAAAUGAAAUCAAAAUAUACGAUUUUCCAGAGACAGAUGAUGAAGAGGAAAUGAAGUUUGUCAAAAAAAUAAAGGACCGUUUACCCUUAGCUGUGGUGGGCAGCAACACGGUUAUUGAAGUUGAUGGGAAACGAGUUCGUGGGAGGAAGUAUCCCUGGGGGGUGGCUGAAGUGGAGAACUCUGAACAUUGUGACUUCUUGAUUCUGCGGAACAUGCUGAUCAGAACCCACAUGCAGGACCUCAAAGACGUGACGAACAACGUUCACUAUGAGAACUUCAGAAGCCAGAAGUUGGCUGACGUCACGUGUAACGGUGGGGAUAAUAAGAACAAGGGAGCGCUAACCAAACCUGACACAACUGACGCCAUGAGUCCUCUGGAGCAGAUGGAGGAGGAGCGGCAAGAGCACAUGGCCAGGAUCAAAAAGAUGGAGCGGGAAAUGGAGAACGUGUUUGAGAUGAAAGUCAAAGAAAAGCUGCAGAAGCUCAGAGACUCCGAGACUGAGCUUCAGAAACGACACGACCAGAUGAGCAGGAGCAUAGAAGCUCAGUACAAACAGCUGGAGGAGAAACGGCGUCAAAUCGAGGAGGAGAAGGCCAGCUGGGAGGCCCAGCAGAGGCUCCUGGAGCAGCAGAAGAUGGAGACCCUCAGGAGUCAAGACAAGAACAAGAAGAAGAAGAUCUUUUAACUCAGGAGGACGGGCUGUUGCCCCCCCCCUUCAACGAUAACUAUGCUCUUCUAUUGGGGGUGUUGCUCUGCUCCUCAUCCUCUAAAACCAAAGAUUAGCUGAGACUUGAGCAUCCACCAGGACUCCCCCACCCCAGAGAUGGACCUGUCCCUGCAGGAGCAGCCAUUUUUGUUCCCUUUGAUUUAUUAUAUUUUGUUGGUGUAUUUUUGAAAAUGUAUCGAGAUGUAAAAAAACGGGGUUUGUGCUGUUGGGGGGGUUAGAGUUCCUUUAGAGUGAGGACGGGCUGACGGUUAACAGGUACUGCAGGUUAUGUUUUUAUUGAUUGAAUUCUCAAUAAAAUGUUGGUAGGAGGAGCUUCA